GGAAGCAGCCGAAGGCUGAGCCUGACCUCUCCUUCGAGGCUGCGUGGCCUGGGGCAGCCCCAGCUGGGGGUAAAGGGGCCAUAGGUGUGUCCUGCCGCGGGCAUCAUGGCCAUCGCAGCCCCGUCCUCCACCACUAUACGAGCCCUGCCCGCUCCGAUUAGCACCACUGAGGAGGCUCCGGACCCCACUGCCUCCCUCCCUAUUCCCAUAGUGUCACGGAAUGGCUGGGUUGGAAGGGACCUUAAAAACCACCCGGCCCCAAUGCUGCCGUGUGCUGGCUGCCCCCUCCUUGAGUAGCGAAUAUCUUUCUAAAUUCUCACCUGAGUCUCUUUUAGUUUAACGCCAUUCCCCCUUGUCCUAUUACUGUGACUAUUGCACAGUGUAACAAGUCAAUUCCUCCUCCUCUCCUGCUUAUAAGCUCCCUUCAAGGACCCACCAACCCUCCCCCUUCCUCUCUCCCUCCCUCUCCACCCCCCGCGGUCGGAGCGGCCCCUUUAAGCGCGGCGGUGACGCCGUGGGCGGGCACAUCUGGCCACACAUCUGUCUGCCUCGCACGCUGCCGGUGCCGGUACCGGUACCGCAUGGCUCCGACCGGCGCCCUGCGCAACCUGACGCUGGCCCUGGAAGCCGCCGUGGUGGUGCUCGGCUCUCUGCUCUUCAUCGCCUGGAAGCUCUACUUCCGCGGCUCCGAGCCCGCGGGCACCUGGGACGACUGGUGGGAACGGGAGCUGCGGGAGCUGCAGGAGCGAGACCCGGCUGGCAGCGCGGCGGUGUGGAAGCAGGUGCUGGUGUUGGGGCUGGACGGCGCAGGGAAGAGCAGCGUCCUGCACUACAUCUGCAGCCAGAAGGCCAGGACACGCAUCCCACCCACGCUGGGCUUCAAUUCUGCCCAGCUGCACGUCGAGGGGCUGGAGAUGGACCUGCUGGAGGUGGGCGGCAGCCACAACCUGCGGGCGUAUUGGCCGCUGUACCUGAGCGACGCCCACGUGUUGGUGUUCGUGGUGGACUCGGUGGACAGGUCACGCCUGCUGACCGCACGCCAGGAGCUGCACGCGCUGCUGGCCGAGGAGCCCCGGCUGCCGCUGGUGGUGCUGGCCAACAAGCAGGACAAGAGCGAUGCCCUGAGCACAGAGGAGCUGCGGGAGGAGCUGGCCCUGCACUUGCUCAGCGGGCAGCGGGAGCUCUUCCUCCUGCCCACCAGUGCGACCUGGGCUAGUCUGAGCACGGCCACCAGCGUUCUGCACGUGAAGAGCCUGCUGGUCACCCUGCUGUCCCAGCCCUGAGCGGACAGGCUCCCGCUGGGAUGGAGGGAGCUGCUGGAGCUGGGACUGCACCCUGCAGCGUUUGGGGUUGGGCUGACACGUGGCUGCACGCAGGGAUGUGAGCAGUGGGCUCUGCUCUCUGCCACAGGGAGAGGGCAGAUGCGUCCCCCAGUUCAGGACAGAAGCAGCACAGGGCAGGGCCCUGCACCUUACACAGCAGCCCGACAGAAUACUGAACAAAUGGGGCUGAACCCAGCUUGCUGUCCAGAUGGAAGCCUAUAAGGUGGGUGGGAGGUGCAGAGCAGUGUGCAGCCACAAGGAAGCUCUUGGAAAGCUGGAGCAAUCCCUUCCCCUGCUGUGAUGAUAGUGGGGUCUGGAUUCAUGAUGCCCCUGCCCCCCGCAGGGCUCCCUGGAGCUGAUGUGGCUGAUGCAGCCCCCUCCCCCCUGCUCACACAGUUAGAGAUCAGCCCACAGUGCUUACCCAGGAUCUAGGGGAAGAAACAGCCCCUCUGCCUGCAGCAGAGCUCUCAGCUUUCCUGCGGAUGAAGGCCACGUGGGCUCUCCUUCCUGACAAACAUGCCAAGCCACGUGAUGCUGCCCUGAAGCCCAGGCUGGUCUGGUGCACAGCCAUAGGCAGGAGCCCCUCACCUGGGCUGAGCACAGCUCGCCCUUCCCCAAGCAGGGGGAGUAUUUCAAGUAUUUAAAAGCCUGUUGAGCAGAGAUGAAAGCAGGUACCGGGUACCCUGCUCUGCUUCCCCUGCUUCGUCCUGAACAGGGGAUGUGAGUGUGCUGUUUGCUCUGCUGCCUGUUCCAUCCUCAUCUCAGGAGCUGCAGAAAGCCCUGUCUGCAGGAGGAAAGGCUGCUGCAUCAGGACACAGCACUGGGCCCUUGGAAACUGACAGGGGAAACCGGGGUGCACUUGGGGUAAGGAAAUACAUGCCAGCUGGUCUCUGCUGUGAAACCUUUUAUACAAUUGCUCCUUCCCCUUAUGAAUAAACGAGGCUGAU